UAUUGCAAUAUAUAUUUUUUCGAACCAGGUCUAAUUUUUACAUCUGUUUUGCUAAUGUUAGUAAGCGUGGAUAAAACGAGCAUAGAAUCAGUGAAUUAAUUAGACUUUUGAGGUUACGAGGAGAGAUGAGAACUCUCUUACAGGAAGCAGAAACAGUAUCCAAUCAGACACUGCUUUUGAUUGACCAAUCGAAAGCUGUGUUACAUCCUGGCACUAGAAAAAUGAGGCUGCUAGGUGCUGUCAGCCGGCCCAGUUAAUGCUGCUGGAAAACAGAGGAGAGGGAGAAACUAGUGUUGUGCUUGUUACCUGUGGGAUAAAAGAAGAAAAGAUUUGCUUUUGUUACCAGCGACUCUUCAUGUAAUGCACUCCCUUAACCAGGAAAUUAGGGCAUUCUCUCGGACUAAUCUCAGGAAACAAUGCACCAGGGUGACAACAUUAACUGGGAAAAAAAUUAUAGAAACCUGGAAGGAUGCUCGAAUUCACGUUGUGGAAGAAGUUGAGCCUGGCAGUGGGGGUAGCUGUGGUUAUGUGCAGGACCUAAGCCUGGACCUGCAUGUUGGUGUUAUUAAGCCAUGGUUACUACUGGGAUCACAAGAUGUUGCUCAUGAUUUGGACACAUUGAAAAAACACAAGGUUACUCAUAUCCUCAAUGUUGCUUAUGGAGUUGAAAAUGCUUUUCUUAAUGACUUUACAUACAAAAACAUUUCUAUCCUGGAUCUACCUGAUACCAAUAUCAUAUCUUAUUUUCCAGAAUGCUUUGAAUUUAUUGAAGAAGCCAAAUUGAAGGAUGGAGUUGUUCUUGUUCAUUGCAAUGCUGGAGUCUCCAGGUCUGCUGCAAUUAUAAUUGGUUUCCUGAUGAGUACUGAAAAAAUCACAUUUACCAGUGCCUUUUCUUUGGUGAAAAAUGCAAGACCUGCUAUAUACCCAAAUCCUGGAUUCAUGGAACAACUUCAAGCAUAUCAUCAGUAAAAAAAUAAAAAAAAAUGGGAAUAAAUAAUCGGGCAUAAUAAAAUUCAGGAAACAGAUGAAGCCAACAGUUUGUGAAAUGGCAUUUUAACAGAUGAUGUGAAACUAUAACUUCUGGAUUGAUCUUUUAAAACAAAGUUUUUAGGAUAGAAUGGCAGAAGCCAAAUCCUUUCUUUUUGCUACUCUCAAAGUAGAAACUGAGGUGGCCUAAUUAUCUUGAGCUUUAGCCUACAAGAAUUUUUUUAAAAUAAUACUGCUUAUUCUUCAGCAUUUAAAUGUGUGAUGGAAUGCUGCCUUUUUUUUUUUUUUUUUUUGAAUUGCAUAUGCCAGAUAACAUUGAUAUUACUGAUCCUGUUAACUUCUUUGGAGGAAAAUUGUAAAAAUAAAUUUGAAAUGUGUCUUUGAACAUUGGAAGAAAAAUAACUCAAUUGUUGAAUACUUUUGAUUGUUUUCUUUUUAUUCUAGCAACUGUUCUAAUAGACAGAUAUGCUGAAAUACUGCUUGACAUACACAUAUUUAGAAAAAGAGUUAUCAUCUAAGAGAGAUUUAUUUAUCUGAAUUUCUUUUCCUGUAAAAAUAAAUAGCUCAAAUUCCCUAAGGACAUAUUUACAACCAAAAAGAUUUAUUCAGAAGAUAUACAAUCUCAAUAUACACAGUACUUGAAUAUCCUUACAUUAGAAUUCAUUGCCUUUGAGUUGUUUAGUGUGGGCUUUUGGGGGGUGGUCCUUUAUCUGUUUGAUAGCUUUUGCCCCCAGUUCCCUUUAUUCCCCUUCUUUACCCCUUAUACACAAGUACUCAUCAUAUAUUCUGAUUGAUAUAUUUUACUACUAAUAGGCAUCUCAUCUCUUUCUGGGUUCCUUUUGUACUUUUACUGAGUCAUAUUUUACAAAGUUUCUGGAAGAAUCAUAUUUCUGAAAAAUAUUCCUUAGGAAAAGCCUAUUUGUCAUGACUAGCCCUAAAAUUCACACAGAUAAUAAAAUAAAAAUGACUAUAAUCAAUUUCAUCUGAUAUUGUUUGCUUCACUGCAUACAAUUCUUUUUAAAAAAAGGAAAUGUAAAACAAUAAUUUGGACCUAGUUUUUCAUUGAGCCUGGAUAUAUUUUUAACCUCACCUCUGACUACAGGCUUUCAAAAAUUUAUUUUAUUUCCUUUGCUUUUGUUUCUCUAUUUGGGAAAGAAUGAUUUCUUAUUAUUAUAAAGCCACCUAGAAAUUUCCUUUUUUAGCUUUUUAAAACUUAAAAAAAAUCCCCAAAAGGCAUUAUUUCUAUUAAUGUUAUUGAUAAUGAUAUAAAAUAUACAUCUGUAAUCUUGUUUGUGAAAUUUAUAUUAAAAGUUUUUCAUUAGUAUUUUAUAAUUGAGAAAAUUAGUAUAAGCUACAGGGGAAAUUUUUUUGAUUCUCUUAUACACAUAGCACAUUAAGCAAGUGUUCCAUGUGACUAAGUUAAAAAGUGUACAUUGAGCACAUCUUUGCAGUUGAGAAGGUGUGCUCUGAUGCUGCUCUGAUGAGUAAAGGCUUAAAAAGUGGUAAUAGAAAUAUGCUGGAAAAGUUGCCUUCAGAGCUGAAACCUUUCUUAUAUCACAUACUACUCUUAAGAAGCAGUGUAAAAUUAACCAACCAAAGUGAAUAGUUUGAAAAGGACCAAUGAAAAUGUCCUAUUGAAUGUCAACUUCUCUGUGGUGUUCUUUCUAGUCAUUUUUGCCAGCGAUUCAUAGAUGUAAUAAGUGAUCUUUUUUCAUACUAUUGACUACAUUGAUAUGAUCAUGUUUUCUUUUUUUCACAGUGCUAUCAAAUUUAAGUUUAUUAAGAAUUGGAACAUUAUAUAUCACAAAACAUAUAAUCUGGCAUGGAAUUUGCAUCUGAAGUUUUUGUUUUUGUCAUUCUAGUUUUGUGACACAUAACACGAACUUAUCACUUCUUUCUAGUAAAUAUCUUGUCUUGGCCACCAGACCUGUUUUAGUUACAAACUGUAGUUUGAUCCUUCUUGGAAUUGAACAUAAGAGAUUAAAUCUUUUAAAAAAAACAAAAAAACUAUUUGUUGGUGAGACACUGAUAGAUCAGAUAUAUUUUUAUGUAUGACUUCAUGCAAAGAAAUUAAUCUAUAGAUCUAAUCUUGGUGGCAUAAACCUAUUUUGAAAAUAAAUUCUAUUAUGAUCCCACUAUCUAACAUUAUGAAUCAAAAAUAUAUAUAGAUAACAAAUGUCAUAGUUUUGGGAAAGAAAAAAAAAUCUCAUAAUAUGUAAGUCCAUCUGUGCAGUUGUGAUUUUGGCUAUGUCCCUGAAAAUAUAACUUAGAUUCCCCCCACAUCAUAUUUAAUUAUUUAUAUCUAGACUAAGAAAAGAUAAAGUGCACAUUUGCUCAAAAUUAUAAAUAGGAAAGAAAUAAAAUAUGGGGUUCUUAUUUGAAGAGGUAGGCUAAAAAUUGUCUUAGAUAAUAAAAUUUUCCCUUUUAACUUUCAAAUUACUUUUAAAUUUUAUUUAGGUAAGUAUUGUAUUUUCAUAAUACUUAAAAUUUAUCCAAUGGUAUGGAUAAUUUUUAGAAUUUAUAUGAACAUAUAAAUCUUACUCCCUUCCCUUUCCCUAUAUAUUACUAGAUUUGAGGAAGAAUGUUGAUCAUGAUGAUUUAAUCACUCUGACAACAACACUGAGAGGAAAUAUACACACACACACACACACAUAAUGUUUUAAAUCCUUAUUGAUAUAUCCCUUUUUUUUUCUUUCCCCAUUAGGAUGUAUAAGUAAUAAGUAUAGCAUUUGGAAAGUAUUCUUCAGGAAUUGGGCAACCUACUUUCUUUUUGACUGAAUCAUUUCAAGGGAAAAAAACUAAAACUUGGCAAGACAAACAUAAUGAGUCAGGCAUUUCAAAUGUGUGAGGAACUCAAAAGGUUCCCAAUAUUGAAAGGAAGAUUUUUGAGUAUGACACAAUGAAUUUCUCAACUAUGUACCAUCUGGAAGAUAUACUUAGAACAAGUUACCAAGACUAAUGAGUUACAAACAGAAGAACAGGUAUAUGACUGAGCCUAAAUGUUUAAUGCCAGUCAUUACUGGUAGAAAAAAAACCCGAAAUAAAAAACCAAAUUUUUAAAAGAGCUCAAUGAUUGUUUUAGCUACUCUUUAUCCAUUCUUUGUAAAUUUAAGUCAAUUUAAAUGGAAGAUUUUAGAAUUCUUGUUUAUAAAGGUAACUUUCUGAGGUUAUUAUUGCACUAUUAUUUUACUAUUCGUGUAAGUGCAGACACAGUGAGAAACCUCAAUUUGUGUUUGUUUUUUGAAUGAUUAAAGUUUGCCUCAUUUGAUUUAGAAAGUCAAAGACAUUUAUUUUGUAUGCAUUUUUGUAAUUUAUUCUUUACCAAAGUACUUUUUUAGGUGUGAAAUUAUUUGAUUUUAAAACAAUAAAUUUUAUGUUGUUUUUUUUUCCUGUGUCAA